AUGGUCUUUUCGAGGCUCUUCCCGAGCGAGAAGUCGGGUGGCGCCGACUCGACCGUCCGCGUCGACCCCGAGGCCAGCGACUCUGAGCCUUCCAUCAUUCACGAUGGCAACCUCGCGUAUACUAGAGCCAAGGGAGGCAACGGCUCCAAGCCCUCGUACCAGGAGGCUGUCGGUGCCCCCGUCGAAUCCGACUCGCCGUUGGGAUACCACGUCAAUUGGAUAGCCGUCAUCUUCCUCAACGUCAACAUGAUGAUCGGAACUGGUGUCUUUUCUACUCCUGCUAGUAUCCUCAACAGAACUGGCUCCAUCGGCCUCGCCUUGAUCUACUGGGUGAUUGGAUUCCUCAUGGCCUCGGCUGGGUUCAGCGUCUAUCUCGAAUUGGCCAGCUACUUCCCCAAUCGAAGUGGUUCGGAAGUCGUCUACUUGGAACAGCAGUAUCCCCGCCCGAAGCACUUCUUCCCCGUUGCUUUUGCGGUCCAGUCUGUGAUUCUGUCGUUCAGCAGUAGUAAUGCGGUCGUUCUGUCUCGAUACCUGUGGAGAAUGGCCGAUAUCACGCCGUCAGAGUGGCAGAUGCGAGCCGUCGCGAUUGCGGCUUACACCCUCGCCGUUAUCUGCGUCCUGGCACACAACAGAUACUCCCUCUGGCUCGUCAACUUCAUCGGCGUCCUCAAGCUUCUCACCCUCGUCUUCAUCUCCAUCGCAGGCCUCGUAGUCCUUGGUGGCAACAUCAAGCACAUCCCUGACCCAAAAGCCAACUUCCGCAACGCUUUUGAGGGCACCACGAGCAACGGAAAUGACCUGUCCAACGCCCUCGUCAGCAUCAUCUUCUCGUACGCGGGUUACUACAAUGCCUUCAACAUGACCAACGAGAUCAAGAACCCGAUCCCCACGCUCAAGAAGAACGGCAUCGUCUCGCUGCUGACGGUCGCCAUCCUCUACAUCCUCUGCAACAUUGCCUACUUUGCCGCCGUGCCAAAGUCCGAGUUUAAGGGGGCCAGCGAGAUUGCGGCCUCCGUCUUCUUCUCCAAGCUCUUUGGCGGGAGUAAGGCCGCGGCCAAUGUGCUCAACUUUUUGGUCUUGUUGAGUGCCUUUGGAAACUUGUUGGCUGUGCUGAUUGGAUCUUCUCGCAUGAUUCGUGAGAUUGGCCGACAAGGUGUUCUCCCAUUCACCAACUUUUGGGUCUCUACCAAGCCCUUUGGAACCCCCUUGGGUCCGUACUUGUUGAAGUGGAUAAUGACCUUCAUCAUGAUUGUUGCGCCGCCUGCUGGCGACGCAUUCGCUUUCGUCGUCGAUCUGGGCAGCUAUCCCACCGCGAUAUUCAAUUUCGCCAUGACCUUUGGCGUCUUUGUCCUCAGACGCCGUCGCCAGCGCUCCGGCAUCAGCCGCUCAGAGUUCCGCGCCUGGGACUUUGUCGUCAUCUUCUUCCUCGCCGUCCAGGUGUUUGUGCUGGCGAUGCCGUGGUGGCCGCCAAAGGGCGGUCCGUACGCAGGAGACGUCAGCUUCUGGUACGCGACGUACUGCGUCGUGGGUAUCGGGAUCAUCAUUCUCUGUAUUUUGUACUACGUCUUUUGGAUGUAUCUGCUCCCUCGCUGGAUGGGAUACGAGAUCCGCACGGAGAUUGUCGAAGUCGAUACAAAUGGUGCCAACACGCAUCGUCUGGUACGCGUGCCCAAGGCAGACCUCGCUGCAUGGGACGACGUGCACGACGAGGCUGGCAACUUGAGGCGACGACAUGUUACUACCGAGCUUGAUUCCGGCAAUUCCAACGAAAAGGGCGCGUUUUGA